CUGGUGUCUUAUAGCAUUCCAGAUGGGCACCAAAUGAUCUACAGGGGCCUGGAUGUCUACUUUAAUGACUCUGUGUAUGAUGGAGCGUCGGCUGAAAGACUGACAAAGGGUCUCGGCCAGCUGACAGAUGGCACCUGGGGUCUGGACGACUUCCUCCACAGCCACAUAUACGGCAUGUGGCCAGGGUAUGACUACGUGGGCUGGAACAACAAGAGCCUCCCCAAAGGUUACGUGGAGAUGAUCUUUGAGUUCGACCACGUCCGAAACUUCACUUCCAUGAAGGUUCACUGUAAUAACAUGUUCAGCCGAGGGGUGAGGAUGUUCAGACAGGCCACCUGUUACUUCCGGUCAGGAUCAGACUGGGAGGCCGACCCAGUGACCUUCAGGCCUACUGUCGACCGCGUGAGCCAAAGUGCCCGUUUCAUCACCGUGCCCCUCGGGGACCGCACAGCCAGCGCCAUCAAAUGCCGUUUCCACUUCAGUGACCUUUGGAUGCUGUUCAGUGAGGUGGCCUUCCAGUCAGGCUCAGCAGUGUACAACACAUCUCUGUCCCCUCGCAAACACGGACACCCCACAAACGCGCUGCCAGAUGAUCCCACUCAUAAAGUGGACGACAGCAACACCAGGAUCCUGAUUGGCUGCUUGGUGGCUAUCAUCGCCAUCCUAUUGGCUAUCAUCGUCAUCAUCCUGUGGAGGCAGGUCUGGCAAAAGAUGCUUGAAAAGGCAUCUCGCCGCCUGCUGGACGAUGAACUCACAGCUCGCCUUGCGGUCCAGACCCAGGCCUUCUCCUCCCACCACUCCUCUCUGUCCAGCGAGAGCGUCUCCACCACCAACUCCACCUAUGAGAGAAUCUUCCCCCUCUGCUCCGACUACCAGGAGCCCUCACGCCUUAUCAGGAAACUACCCGAGUUCGCUCAGUCCACAGAACACCUCGGACCAAGCACCUCCUGUAGAGCCCUGGGAACCAGCAGCUCAGACGGGGCCCCCCACUACGCCGAGGCGGACAUCAUCAGCCUGCAGGAGUCCUCAGACAGCAGCAGCAACUCCAUCACAGCUGUCAACAUGAAUCUGUUCGCUGGCACCGAUUCAUCCAUGAGAGAGUUCCCAAGACACAAGCUCACCUUCAAGGAGAAGCUGGGAGAGGGCCAGUUUGGAGAAGUGCACUUGUGCGAGGCAGAGGGCAUGCAGGACUUUUUGGACGAGGAUUUGUCUAUAGAGGGAAACAAUGAGUCACCUCUGCUGGUCGCUGUGAAAACACUGCGGGAAGACGCCAACAAGAAUGCAAGGAACGACUUCCUGAAGGAGAUCCGAAUCAUGUCUCGCCUGAGGGACCCCAACAUUGUCCGUCUGCUGGCAGUGUGUGUGGACACAGACCCGCUGUGCAUGAUCACUGAGUACAUGGAAAAUGGAGACCUGAAUCAGUUCCUGUGCAAUCUCAGACUAAAAGAGGCCGUUGAUGAGGACAAGACAGAACAGGAGGAAAAAGAAGAGAAGAGUAUGGUCAGCUACAGUCAGCUGAUUGGCAUGGCUGUGCAGAUCGCCUCUGGUAUGAAGUACUUGUCCUCUCUCAAUUUCGUCCACCGCGAUCUGGCGACCCGCAACUGCCUGGUGGGUAAGAACUACACCAUCAAGAUAGCCGAUUUUGGCAUGAGCCGGAACCUGUACAGAGGGGACUACUACAGGAUCCAGGGCCGGGCCGUCCUGCCUAUUCGCUGGAUGUCCUGGGAGAGCAUCUUACUGGGGAAAUUCACCAUGGCCAGUGACGUGUGGGCCUUCGGUGUGACUCUGUGGGAGAUUCUGACUCUGUGUAAGAAGCAGCCCUACUCUCUGCUCUCUGACGAGCAGGUCAUUGAAAACACAGGCGAGUUCUUCAGGGACCAGGGCAAGCAGGUGUACCUGCCGAAGCCUCCCUGUUGUCCCGACAGAGUCUACAACGAUCUCAUGCUGAGCUGCUGGAGAAGAAACGCCAAGCAGAGGCCGAGCUUUCAGGAGAUUCACACUCAGCUGAUGGAGAGCCUGGCGUAGCAGAUGGAACAGAUGAUUUCUCUCCGCCAUGCACUGCCACAUUUGUUCCCUUCAGUCUGGAUUUAUUUGGAUUUAAUUCGGAGUCAGAAACAAACCAUCUAAUGUUUCCCAUUUGUCUUAAGCUGGCUUGCCACCAUGGUGCUGUACAUAAUAAGAUAUGAGGAGACUUGAACAGAGCCUUAUACUGUAGAUACCAUACACGUUAGCACUAGUCACAUGGUGUACUCACUCCUCUGUGUAUUUAUUAAUUUUUUUAUUUCCUACGCUAUGUCUAUUUAUAGAGCACUCUAUGGUAAUCCUAGGUUUAUAAAGACAAUUGUGAAUAUUUUUUCCAUACAUACAUUUAACUCUGUUGCACAUAUUAGAGGAUGUCAGAGCAGUUGUGUGACCUUUCAUCAGGGUUCAAGCCCCACAGAGGCAGAGCCUAGUUUGUGUUGGUUUAUUAUUUAUUAUUUAUCCUCUUUUGCCGUGAGAUGAAAUGAGCUAGAAACAUGAAACCUGGUCCAAUAACUGGAAAUGAUGCACGAAUGCUUCCCAAGAAAUAUGACUCUCACCUGCCCUGUUUAGUUCGGUUCAGCCAAACUCAAGUUCGUUUGCCACCUAAGUACGGUUCGUUUGAACCAACUGCAGUCUCAUUACACAUUGUUUGGGUUAAACAUGAGCAUGUUACAGUCCUGGAGGAUUAUUAAUGUGCACCUCCUCCUGUACUGCCUUAAUAUGCACAUUCAGCACAUCCAAUGCAUCAAAACAUUGUUUUCUAGUUGGAGCCGCGCCUCGUUUUCAAACUGUAUGGUUUGACUAAAAUGAACAAUGACAGCAAUAUAGUCCACGAUGAGCAGCACUAAAAUCAACCUGCGUAGUUGUCCCUCCAUUGUGACAUUAGAAAGUGUCACAUUUAUCUUGCAAGUGUACUCUUCUUCAACGUUUGGUUUACUUCCUGGAUUUUUCCCACAUGGAAAUUCUGACCAAUCAAGAGCAGCUUUCUCACACAAGGCAUUUGAUCUGGUCGGCUUGUAAAUGCUGCCGUGAGAACACAAACCAGCUCUAGACAAUUAUACAACUUUGUGACAAAAUCAGUCCCUGAUUCAGACCAAAGCAAGACAGCUCUAGUUUUGAAAGUACCCUAAUAGGCCACAUGAUGGCGUUGUAAUUAACGUCCAAAAAUGCAAUUUUGGAAAGGCUUCACACCAUAACACUUAACUUGACAUUUGGCACAAAUAUCAGGCUCAAUGUGCCCUUUAAAAAAAUACCUUGGUUUUUUUUUUGGUGCCAAGAAAGAGCUUGAACCCAGAAUUCCCACUGGCUGCUAAAUUAAAUGUUUAUAGUUUUGCUUUUUAUUUUUAAGGUGAAUCAAUGACAUUGUAAUUGUCCAGAUGAGACAGAUGUUUUUACUCCGCAGCAGUUCACUGAGAUGUUUUAUGACUGUUUGCAGGAAUAAAUUAAUUGUAUGUAUAUUGCUGAAUAGCAGCAUGAGAACAAACCAACCAAAGAUCCCUGUAAAUAAAGAAAAGUGAACAUUUAC